GCACAAAUUGAGAGUGUUAGAACGCGCAUAUUUUAAUAAUUGGUUAAGGUGCAGUUGUGUAUAUGAGCUUACAUAUGAUCAUAUGACAGUAGUGGCGGAAGAAGAGUGACUUGAGAGAAAGAUGGCGGAGGUUUUGCAGUUGCUGCUGUUCGGGAGAGGUUGUCGUGGGCGAGUGCUGCUUUUGCCGUUUCUACUCACGUUAUGGAUGACACAUUUGGGGUAUUGCAGCGAUCAUAUUCCUGUGCUUAUGUGGUCUACAGAGGGCUCCCUGUGGAAUCCUCAGGAUGCUCCAAAUGAAGGAGAGGUUGUUUCUGGUUCUAAGCUGAUCAGUUAUCUAAAUCCAGCUGUUACAAGUGGACCAAAAGUCAUACUGCUUUUUCUCCAGGAGAAGAUGAGUAUUGAUGAUUUUACCCUGUACGGAGGAGUUUAUGGCAACAAACAAGACAGUGUCUUCUCAAAUCUGGAGAGUGCAAUGGAGUCUGCUGCUUCCUCUCUUGUGUUGCCUGCCGUCGAUUGGUAUGCUUCAAAUUCUCUGAGCGCCUACCUUCAGGAGAAGGUGGGCACUAGCCCACUGUAUGUGGACCCAGUCUCCUUGCAUGAGCUGAAACUGAAUGAGAGCAUUCCUUCCUUGCUCGUGGUACGACUGCCUUAUACAAGCUCUGGCAUUCUGGAACCCAAAGAUGUUUUACGUAGUAAUGGUGGUGAGAGAUGUGGCAUUUGCUAUUCAGAAUACUGGCCGGCAGCUGCUGCAGACUUCAACAACAACUUACCCUCCCUUGGCAUACAACCAGACUGGUAAACCUUGCAUCCUCUUCUGGGCUUCCAGGAUAGUGGUAGGCUUUGGUAAUCAGCAUGUAGAAGUAACCAAUGAGACCUUCCAGCAAAACCCACCUCUCAGUCUGAGUGGCUCCUCCUGUGAAAGUAAUGUUUCCAGGCUUGUACUGAACUACAAGGCCGCCAAAGGAUUCGAUAAUCUCAAACUGACGUUUGUGAUGUCCAAGAGCAAAUACGCUGUUUCAAAUCGUGAGUGGUUCACAAUGGAACGAGUAGAAAUUUCAGCUAAUCAGACAAAUGCCACAUUCAAUGCUUCUGACAUCUAUGCACCCGCUACGUAUUCCUUUCAUUGUCAGUAUGUCAGCAAUCUACCAAGGUAUAGCUCAAUGCUUGUGCCUCGCUUCUCCACCAACUGGGAACUCACCAUCACUGAUUUUCAGAUCCAGGGUUUCGGCUUAAAUGGGACUAAUGGAACAAAUUUUGCUUAUGCCAGUGACUGCACAGGGUUCUUCACACCUGGCAUCUGGAUGGGUCUUGUGACCACACUGCUGUUUGUUUUCAUUCUGACUUAUGGACUGCACAUGAUCAUGAACCUCAAAACUAUGGACCGCUUUGAUGACCCCAAGGGCCCCACCAUCUCUGUUCCUCAAACAGAAUAGAAACAAAAAAAUAAGGGGGUAAGAGGAAAGGCAUGGUUUAGAAGAAUGUUGCUGGGGAGGUGGAGCUCUAAUGAGAGAUGCCCAGUAUGCAAAGCUAACUCCUUUUUUUCAGUCUGGGAAUACUCUUGAAAUAUUAAAUAGAUGUUAGGAAUCUAAACAGGAAAUCUCAUCCCCAUUUUUUUGUCCCACUUUAUACAGAAGCCUGUCAUUCUCCCCAACUGUUAGUUUACAAACCCUAAAACUUUGUAUACAGACACUUCUGUGUGCACAGGCACUGUACACUAUAGCUUUAUGCAAGAUCAAAAUGCAGUUUAGCUUGAGAUGAGUACAAAAGAAUACACUGGAAAAUUAGACAUUAUUUUUCUGUGGUUAUCUUUUUGUUAGAGUAGUAUCACUUUUUCAUAGUGGGAUCAUUGAAUACUGUGUCUGUAAAAUAUUAGAGCAAGUAAUGCAUAGAGUGAGCAGUUGCUUGCAAAAUGUCAUUGGUGCUUCCUGAAGAUGUGAUAAAUGGACAGGAAUCCACAUAACGUAGUGUCUCUGUAGUUAUACACAUAAAUAUGUAAACAUGCGUGCCAUGUUUGUGUGUUGUUACCUAGGAAGUUGAGACAUUUGCAACAAGAAGCCAAACAGAUUCUGGAUAGUCCUUCAGGUUGUGUGAAGAAAUGACAUUUACCUGUGUGUGUUCCUUUAAGAACUUUACUGCAAGAAAACCUUAAGUAGAACAAAAAGGUUAUGUCAUCUGUGUGAUGAAUGUAGUCUACACUAAUGCAUUUUGCCACUACCUUAAUUGUUUUCAUUUUGAAUUUAUGGCCUAAUAUCUUAACCAGAGGCCUCUUUAUCAUCUUAAAUGCUUACUUUCAAGUUCCGUUUACCAGUGCUUGUAAAGUGUAGGAAUUGGAUCUUGAUUCCAAGAGCUCCAUCAUACCUGACGGGUAGCUGAUGUGCUCUGUUUUCAAUGUGUAAAUAUGUAUCCCCAGCAGUACAGUUAGUUUUCAUUGUAGGUUAUAAUUUUUAUUCUAGAUAUCAUCAUUCCAUGAUUGCUGAAAUUUUCUAUAUCUACUUGAAAUUUUUUAUGUAAAUUUAACCUUGUUCACUGUAAUAAUGCAGACUGUUCAAGUGGAGGCUGUAUGUUAAAAUGUGGUAUGCGUUUGUAUUUUGCCUGCUUCUUUGACAGGUGCCACAUAGAGGGCAGACUUCAGAAUGUAGAAAUUAAUUGUAGAAAGUUCCUGGGACUGUAGUCCUAGAGUACAAUUUGAACCUUUCAUGAUUUUUUUUUAUUGUUGUAUUGCUGUUGUGGCAUCACCUCAAUAUUACAGCAGCAUCUCCUGAGACGGUUUACUGUUGGUGUCUCUGUAACAGAGAGAAAUCAAGUUUUACAUACCAUUUGUGCAAAGUAGAAUCAGUGUAUGUCAGGCAGUAGAGAAUAUGUUAGAGUGCUGUUUUAGCAUUUGAUGACCCUUGAGCAAGCUUUCUUGUAUUCCUGCUGCUGUAGUGGGAACAUCGGUGUGCUGUCCAACAUAGUUGGUGUACUCUUAUGUAGCUAACAGUCACUUCAAGUAGCAUUUAAUCAGUGCAGUGGUGCUUACCUUUUCCACUGGAAAUGUCAUUUGUUGACUCAUGCUGUCUCUGUUAUUUAUUUUUGUUGUAUUGUUUUAAAAAAUUGUACAUUUACCUUCAGACUGUUAGGGUGAUGUAGGCCAUGCUUCCCUAAUUCAUGGUAUUGUGUGCGUGCGUGUGUGUCUGUGUGUGUGUUAUGACUUUCCUACUUUUUUGUCUGCUCCUCUGAAUCCCAGCUUCUGUAGUUGUGAUUUAACAAAAUAAAAAGUAGUCAUACACUUGUCAUCUGCCAUAAUGUAUAUCCCAUUGGGUUUCUUAACUAAUUCAAGAUGUGGCUGGUACAAGUUUUCAGGUCUUAUAAAAUAUUGCAUCUUUGCUGUCUGUAGAUGACAAAGUAACUCUUCACAGUUUCUACAAGUCUGUAUUCUGCUCCUUCAGAAAAGACAAAGUUCUUAGGAUUAUCAUUCUGAUGUAAAAUUAGAGAUGAUACUUAGUGCAGAAACUAAUGCCGUCUUAGUGGUAUGUUACAGGACUGUGAAGUGCUUGAUCACGGAUUAGUGUCCUAGCCAAUCAGAUUUCUUUGUGGUUUCUUGCAUAUUUACUUGCAAACCAUUUUUUUGGGUGGGGUCCCUUAUUUAUAAAAUUAAAUAAAUGAAAUCAGUUUUUAACUUUGUGCUUCCAAUCUGCUUUUUUACACUCUUGUUGCCUAGCUUAGUUUCAGAAGCAUUUUGCUUCAUUCAGUUUUCUUUCAACUUUUCAGGUAAAAGCUGAUCUUUACUGACUGAUUUCUAGCCCCUUUGUCAUCGCUUACAAUGUUUUGAUGAUGUCACAAAAGUGGCUUUGACUCCUUCACUCUUUGUAUGGGGAGGAGGGUUUAAGCUUUGUCACCCAUUGUGCACUGAUGAUGAUUCAUAGUAAACUUCAGAUUUUGGCCGAGUAGAGUUGCAUACCAUUGUAUGCACAAUGGUGGAAAUGUAUUUCCUGUGUGUAGGACAGUUACUUGUCCUUGUUUGCAGGUCUGGGUUGUGUCACUGCAUAGAGAAUUGUGGAAGCAGAAGGCCAUUACUUCAUUUCACUCCUCCUUAGCUAUACAGAGGGAUCCUGCACCUUCAGUUUUUCAAAUGCAUAAAGGAAAUAAAAAAAAAGCAGCCUUCAUUUUUUUAAGCUAAGCACUUUUUUAUAGAUUUAUUGGAACAGGACAAGUAGCAUUGUGCCAGUCAACAUUGACCGCAUUCAAAUCUGCAAUUCAGCCAGUAGUAUAUUCUCAGUUUGGCCAUCUUGGAAUUAUUUUGAUGCAAAAAGUUACUACUUUAGUAGGUUAGUUGAAAUGAGAGAAUAUUCAUUUAGUUUAUUAGAUUCUCACCUUUUCAUGCUAUGCAAGAAAGUAAUUUCCUUGUUUCUUUGAAAGAGUUUCUUUUUCUCUGUAUUUUGGUAGGUUAACUAAUUUGUGAAGUACCUUGCAGUCCUUGGUUCCCUUCCAGCGCCCCAUCUGCCAUUCCUUUUUAUUAUUGGGAUGAGGUAGCAAUUCACCACAACAUCAUUUUGUGCCAGAAAUGUGCAUUUUUGUACAGAUGUAGCUGGGGGAUUUCAUUUAAAAGGGUAUUAAACCCUAGAUAUUUUCUUUCCUGUAGCCACAAGAAUAUGUCCAUCUGUAAGUUUUUAGGGGGGCAGUAUCAGCACUGUGGAAGAGGUGCCAGUUGGUCUCUGCAAGUCAGUGACAUGAUCAGUUUUGUUACAAGGCAUUAGUGCAAUAUCUCUAGUUAUUUUAGUAGCAGUAGUCUGAAUCACAGCUACUUAAAUGAUUUGAUCGCAGUGUGUGUGUGAGAUUACAAAUGGUAGCAAUGAGCAAGUAUAAUUCUGCAAGUUGUUUCAGUGGGAGAUUUUUUUUGCCUCAAUUCUGGAUGAGGGGGCACCACCUGUGGGAUCGCCAUUGAAUCUAGUUAUCACACAGCUAUAGAUCUGAAGUGAGUUAUGUCCUAGCUUUCUUUGCUAGCUAAUGGCAUUUUGCAGAAUCACAUGUAAUCUGCUUUGAAAUGUGCAUGUUGUAGCUUCUGCAUUUUACCAUUAUGGCUCCCCCCUCACAUACAGUCAGAAAAUGGUUGGGGGGGGGGUGCUGAAGAAAAAAUGAAAAUGCACAUUUUUUUUCUAGAAACUCCUGAAAAAAUCUGUUAGACUGCUGACUCUGCCCUCAGUGUUGCAUUUUGGUCUCAAAGAAUAAUAAUCAAGAGUUGUAUAAAGUAUUUAAUUCGGCAUUUGAAAUCCUACAGGUUUAAUUAACUUGAUUAUAUGUAUAUAAAACAGAAGAGAUUUUAUGUGCUUGAAAGUCACCUGAGUAUUUAUUUGUGGAAAUCCUAUGUUUGACAUUGUUCAUCUGUUUACAAAGGAGUGUUAAAAUGUCUGUAAUGGUAGCAUCAACUCUUUCCUGGUUAUUCUUGCUUUGCCACCCUUCAGCUGGUACUGUUCCACUUCCUGCUGUUUCCUUUUUCUGUAACAAGACUUUGCAUGACAUGGUUUCAGUAGUUUACUGAAUCUUAAGGAACCGUUUCAUUGCCUCAGAAAUAACUUUAUAGCUAUUACCCAUGGGCUAUUUGUUGUUGACAUUGGUAUUCCUUUUGCUUUUAGUGAUUUGUGACCCUUUCCCAAAAUCUUCAGUCAGUUCUCCUUCAUGGCAGUCUUUGUAUGAGGUUGUUAAAUAAGUGAAUGCAUUGCUUACUCUCUACAAUGAUAGGUGAUGGCCUGCCAUGGCAAUCCCGAAGGCAUACUAAUGGGGCAGGAUGCAUAUAUGUGCACUCAGCAAGCUGCCUGCUGUUUCACCUAGUACUGUAGUUAAAAAAGAGUGCAGUCAUUAAUUACUUGAUCACUUCAAAAGCAGAAAGUCAAACCAAAUAAACCUUUUGAUUGGAUUAUUUUAUCAAAGCUAAGAGCAUGAUUCAGUUUGAUUGAAAUUAAUUCUGAGAUAAACAACUGCUGAUUUGGAGGAAUUCUUGAUUUUCUCUGUUUCCUAUUUGGUAACCAGAAAGAGUUGUGCUAUCCAGUAUUUUUGUUCACUGUAUCUUUGUAUAUUUUCACUGUGUUACCCUGUCUUGUUACAAGAUGGAAACAAUUAAAAAGAUCAAACUAC